ACGACGUGGAUGUUACGUAACAACUGGAGGUGCGGCGUUUAACCUGCUUCCAAUUCGUUUAUCAUUCUCAACGAUAUCGCGGAUCAAACACAGGUGACAUGCCGUCUAACAACGAUCCACCGGUCGCUGACGAUACAGAUAUUCCCAGGUUGCACUGUUUGUGUGUACAGUGGCCGCUAUCUGUGACCAUUGACUCAUCAAAGCGAAAGGCAUCGCAGGGGGAUUCAGCGAAAUAUCAGGCAGUGGCGGCGCACGAUCCUCGAUUAAUCGGAGCGGAUUCGAGACGAUCCGCGCGGAGGAAACGCGCCAGCCAGGAAACGGGAGAAGACAAUUUUUCACGCAGGAUGGCCGGACGAAUCGGCCACGAUAAAACCGAUAAACACGACCGGACACGCCGCUUCGACCGGGAUUGUAAAUGCUCCGCGAUAAAUUUCGCGCCGGUUACGGGACUGGGAUCUUUUUUCCGUGAAACGAAGAGAAUAAAGGGAGUCAAAGUGGCAGGCAAAAGCGCGUGCACGACACUCCGCUUAAAUGGGAAGCCAGAAAAUUUACUCGUUUAUCAAGCGUUAUGGGCAUCGCCGUAACGCGUACGAUCUAUUGUCCCCGCACAUGAGAAAUUUCGUCGUAUUAUGUGCCCCUGUGUAUUCGGGCCGGCUCAAUCCUUUUAAUGGCAACCCCCUAUAAUUUAAAUCCUUCGCGGUCACGGGCCUCGCUAAAUAUUACAUCGAGACUCGAAUUUAUAAAGGUCCUUGCCCUCCAGUAGUAACUCUCGAUAUGCGCAAAUAAAAAAGAUACCUGAAAUAUCUUCGAUAAAGUGACAACUGUUCGAAAUUACGAACCAGAACAUUUUCUCUGUAGGUUGCUGAUUUACAAGCUUCUCUUCAUAAUCUUCUUCCAGAUAAUCAUUCUUCUUUUCAAAUACAAACGCAUUCACGUUUUACCUACAUUUCUAAGCCCCGGUAACAAAACAGUACCAGUCCAUAUACCCAAAAGCUGUCAGUUCUUUGGCCUCAGUAUUUCAGGUCCCACCUGAAACCAUAAAUCACCGUCCGAUCGCAAACGUUCGCAGUCACCUGAUCCAAAGGAAACACGCAAACAAAGGAAAACGAUCGCCGAGAGAUUUCCAAAGUUUUCAAGUCGACCGCAGGCAGCCUACUACUCGUCAAUUACGUCGAAAGAGUAGCGAGUAGAUCCAUAAAUCGCUGGGACAGCGGCACGGUUCGCAGGCAUAGAGAGCCAGACAGUCGCCAGGCAGACAGACACCAGACGGAG